AUGACCGUCAUUGGGAUCAACAUCACGGCGCUUAUGAUGCUCUUACGUGGCAAACCCCUAGUAAUAGGCUUCGUCGCGGCGGCGUUUUGCGUCGAGUUCGGCACCAAUGCCUGGCUGCUAUCAAAUGGCAUUCCUGUCCGUCACUCCAGCCCUACUAUACACGCUUGUACCAUGAUAUUUGACGACUCCAAGGUCGGGGGUAUCGCUUCCGCCUCAGCAUGGAUGCCCCUGGCAUACGAUACUAUUGUUCUUGCCCUUACGUUAAAGCGGACGCUGGGCCCAGUGCGGAAUAAAACGGCAGGCAAGAUCGCAAAAGUGCUCCUGCGGGAUGGAAUCCUGUACUACAGCGUUAUCUUCGCCGUCAACCUGGUGCUCACGUUAAUGAUCGCUACUGCCCCUCCGGGUCUUCAGAACAUCACUGCACAAUUGGAAUAUCUGCUCACGGUGACGAUGAUCUCCCGUAUAACGCUACACCUCCGCAAGCAGGCGCGUUCGCGUGAGACGGACACCACACUUCAGGGGCGCUCAGCAGUCACGCACAGCGGCGGCGGUGUGCUCUCACGAAUGCGCUUCACUCGCUCAGACGGGGAAACUCCUAUCGAUCCGAUGAGCGUGACCGUCGAGGAGUCCACCGUGACGCACGACGACAGCGGGAUCGUCGGCGGCGGCGAGCCUAUGUUCCCGAAGAAGGGGGACAUAGGCAGCGAAGAGUGGUACGAGAUGCGCCGCCCGCCAGCGACGGUGCGCAUUGCUUCGCACGCACGCCGAGACUCCGAGCUUCGGUUCAUCGUCUGACUCGCGCGUUUUCUCCCUCACUGCCUUCUGACCUGUACGUGACACCGCCUGCAGACAUUAUGGUUUAGACCCCCAAACGUAAACGCCGCUAUGAUGUCACUCAGCGACUGUUGUAUUGCUCGUAUCUAUCAGUAUUGAUAUUUAUCCCGUGGAUGUCGCCGAAGCGAAGCAGUUCUAGUUCAGGAAAGCCAAUUACACCAGAAUUCUCACAGUGUAGAUGAAGGCCAGUCGGGGAGGUGGGCAAUUGGAGGAGAUCUGGACAAAGGCUGAUCGCAACCCUGCGGACGAUUAGGAGGGCGUCUGCAGGCUCCUAUGUAUGACAUAACUUAGCACCUUACGACCUACCCGCGCUGUCAUCCCGAAUGAAAACC